AGCUAAACCGAUACGUGCUAGGCCAAACCUUAACGCCAGUGCUAGCUCUGACGGAUGGUUAGACGCCUAGGAGCAUUCGAUGGAGAAGGCAGAGUCUUAACUAAAUCGUUUCUGCAGUAUAUAGAUGACCCCUUACAAUCAGAUGAACGUUUGAGAUUUUCGAUUGAGGAUUUAUACGAAUGCAGGGUCUCUCCCGUCCUCGAGCCCGGUGUUUGCGUCCAGCCUCCCCGAGCAUGUCUACAACCGGAAGUACCUCUGCCUUGAACAUUGGGACAAGGACAUCGAAUUCGCAAAUCCCAUUAAAACAGGCACGGGCAUCCAAAGACCAACAGGAGAAAGACAAUGUCAUCCCUUUCGUGCACGAGGACGCUUUUACAGACCUAGUACUGAUCGUGGAAGGCAAGCGGCUGCACACGUCAACCGCUUUGCUUUCCAUGUGUUCCCCGGUGUUUGCCCGUAUGUUGGCCACCAGUGCGGACGGUGACCAGUCGAGUGGCGGGAAAGAUGGCACAAGGCGGGAACUCCAGCUCCAGGGCAAAUGUUACGAAUACGUGCACGAGUUGCUUUACGUCAUCCACCCGGCAUAUCAGAGGAAAAUAUCAGACGAUUUGGCAUUUGUCGUUCUACCUCUGGCAGAAGAAUAUCAGAUCUGGAACUUGAAACAGAAGUGCGAGGAAACAUUAUUAGGUUCUUUGAAUGUGGACAAGACUGUACGUGAGGAUGUCCUCCUAAGGUGCUUAAACAUGGCGGAGGAAUUCAAACUGUUUGCUUUGUGGACUAAAUGCCUACAGAUAUGUUCAAAAACAACAUUGUCUUUACAAGCGCUACAGCGGAGUCCAGAAUAUGAAAAUCUUUCCAAGUUUUUGAAAAGUAUGUUGGAGGCAUUUAAAGGUAGCGGAAGCGGGGCUGGGGUAGACAAUCCUCCUCUUGUUUCUCCCUCCCUUCAAAAGUCUAGCGCCGCGCCAGUUCACCAGGGAUAUGGAAACGCCCGUCGUGAGAAUAAUGGCGGUUCCCUUACCUCCUUCGUUGACGACCGAGGCAAAAAAUCGAUGACGAACAUACAGACGCAAACUAAAUAUUGACAACGCAAGGACAGUAAAAUUAUCUACAUUUUAUUAUUUAUCAUCAGUCAAAGCUAGCUUACUUUAAUUGCUAUUCAUUUGUUUAUCUUCACCGGGUUUCUAUUUAACUAUUGCAUUUGACUGUUAAAACAUGACAGCAUCAACAAAUUGGCUUCGUAAAUAAAAAGUGUAAAUAUAAUAAUUUUAAUAUGGCAGCAUUACCAAAUUGACAUUGUAAAUAUGAAGUGUAAAUAUAAAUAAUUAUAAUAUAUGUGAUUCCACGUUGUAAAGAACGUGUUGCUCAGAGACCACCAUAGAAAUUAACCGGUAUUACACUCGACAAUAUAAACAAUUGUCAGUUAUCUUAAGAUGUAACAGGUACUCGUAUAUCAGAAUAAAAAAAUAUACAUACAUGUAUUAAACAGUCUUCCA